AUGCUCACAUUUCAGGCCAAUUUAAACAAGUAUGCAGACUGGUUGGCUCAAGCAGAGUUGGAAUCCAGUUUGGUCAAAGGGUUCCGCGAGGCGUGGCCGCAACGUUUCGUGGAACUUUGCACAUUUCACCUAUCUGUCCUAAUCGAUGUGCCGUCGGGAUUUUUUGAGGAAACCGUUACGUCCGAAGCGGAGUCACUUCAGCGUACCCCUCCCCGUUUGGUCGCACCAGAAAUGGUUGGGGGAGACACUGGGGGGACGACAGGCGAAUCAACACACCGACUACCAUCAAAGCGUCCUAUCAAGCCAUGGCAAAGAUUUCGCCAUAUACCUCCGAAUGAUACGGAAACUGGACGAUCAUUUCACGUUAAUCGCCGAAGGAAUGUACACAAUUCUUCCGGUACCAGAUCGGGUAUCGCGGAUCAAGUAUUCCGAAACAUUAUGCUCGUAAUGGAUGCCUUGGAUACACCAGAUCACCUUUCGGUUGAGGGCAUAUUUCGAAAGACCGGAAACGUGGUCCGUCAACGUAUUGUUCGGCAACGAAUCUUGUCAGAUAGAUUGCUCAAUCCCGAAGCGUUAUUGCACUUCUCGGAACCGAAACCUUGGCGACCAGCUGGACGCAUACCCAUCCCCACUCCGAGUGCAGUUUCCCGACGAGGACAGUUCACAUUGGUCUCCGAAUCUACAUGUACUUCCUCACAGAUCAAUGUCCACGACCUCGCUUCCGGUUUGAAAGGCGUACUGUACGAAUUGCCUGAACCAAUUCUAAGCAGUCGUCUCUUGCCUUUGUUCGCACAAGUAGCGGCCCUAACUGCAGGUCGCAUCGAUGAUCGUGGCACACGUGUUCAACUCCGACCGGUUGAAGAACGCAUAGCCGAGGCGAAACAGUUGAAGGCUUUACGCCUCCUAUGCCUCCUGUUACCAGAUGCACAUACUCGCAUAUUCCAACGGCUUCUUCAACUACUACAACGCACACUGGACUAUUCCGAUCAAAACCGUAUGACUGCCGAAAGUCUAGGUACCCUAUUCGGUCCGUUGCUACUCUCUCCGGGAAAGGUACACAUCCGCGAUCUACAUAUCCAAUAUAACAACCUUGCAAGACUUGCGACAACCAUGAUACAGCAAGGUGUUUCCGGGUUGUGGAUGAUCCCGCGCAGUUUCGCUCAGGAUAUCGAGAGAAAUCAUGCGCAUUUGCAAUACGCUCUCGGAAUCACACUGAACGGUCCAUUGCAAACUUGUGAUAAUCAUGUUCCGACUGAGGUCCAGUUCUCCGUCCCGGCUUCGGACAAUCUAAUUCGUACAGCAUCCGAAGAUUCCGGUCUCGGAUGGAACGAAACAAGUCAGCCAAAUGGUGGUAGUGAUGCAGACAGUUCUGUGAUGCCGUACAAAUCCGCGGAUUUACCAGCUAUGGUGACAUGUAUCAAUUUUGCCGUGCGUUCCAAAUUGGAACCAACCAAUUGUCUGGAUUCGCACAGUCUAGACGACGAAUCUACCACUAUCGGUACAAGCCAUCAUUCAUCACUGGGUGAAACGGAAUAUGCUGUCGCCGAGCUCUGUGCUGCGGUCCAGGCUAUGCCAGACACGGAUCCGCGAAAAAGAAGGCUAAUCCAACGAUUUAAUGCUACCAAUGGUGGACUGACACCCGGUUCGAAUGAACUGGGGCGUCAUGCGUUCAAUGGGCGGCAACAAUGGUCUAGAAAUAAGACCAGCCGCACUCCGUCCCCGUCUCCCACAUCAGCUCCAUUUGUUCGAGCGAACACAGGACAUUCGGCCUUUAAAGCGGCAAAAACGAUUCGAUCGUCACUUCGACCCAUCUUCGAAAGGAAUGAACAAACCCCGGUGAAUGAGAAAUCCACUACGAUUUCUGCAUGUGUAGACGACAGGCAAUCUUUCGCGUCACCAAUAUUUGAUUGUCCUCCACUGCAAAUCAAGGACUUUGAUAGCCCGAACAGUUUGAGUCUGUCCACACUGGGUUUUGAUCGUGCCACCACCACCACAACAACAACAACUCCACAACCAACCAACGCAUCUGCUCGCAUUUCGCUCAUUUCCACCACAUCCGUGGCAAGUUUGGGCGUUAAUGGGGGUGCGGGUAGCACAAGUGAUCUGUUCUUCUGUUGUCCACUGGUCGAAGCAUUAGCUUCUCCGUUCCGUCGACGUGUACCAGGUAUCGGUCCUCACCAAACCCCGGAUUCCGUACGAUCCCAGACAACUAGUACAACCCCGUUGAGUCGUGCCAACCGAACCGGGCGAAAANCGGAAUGA